GCCUCGACGCCAACGGGAAAUCUCCCAGCCGAACGGAGCUCCGCCACCUCUACCUGACGGAGAAGUACGCCUGGAAGUGGAAGCAGUUCAUGAGCAAGCGGGGGAAGAGGACCUGCCCCCCUGGACCUCAAGCUGGGACACAACAAUUGGCUGCGGUCUUGUUCACCCCAGCAACCCAAGCAGCCCGGCAGGCGGCUUGCACCAUCGUGGAAGCCCUGGCCACCAUCCCCAGCCGCAAGCAGCAAGUCCUUGACCUGCUGACCAGCUACCUGGACGAGCUGAGCGUGGCGGGAGAGUGUGCCGCAGAGUACCUGGCCCUCUACCAGAAGCUCAUCAAGCCAGCCCGCUGGAAGGUCUACCUAGCAGCCAGGGGCGUCCUGCCUUAUAUCGGCAACCUGAUCACCAAGGAAAUCGCCCGUCUCCUGGCCCUGGAGGAAGCCACGCUCAGCACCGACCUGCAGCAGGGCUACGCUCUCAAGAGCAUCACCGGCCUCCUGUCCUCCUUUGUGGAAGUUGAGUCCAUCAAGCGCCACUUCAAGAGCCGGCUGGUGGGGACAGUGCUGAACGGCUACCUCUGCUUGCGGAAACUGGUGGUGCAGCGCACCAAGCUGAUCGACGAGACCCAGGACAUGUUGCUGGAGAUGCUGGAAGACAUGACCACAGGUAGACGGCGUGG